AAUCCUGAAGUCGCACCCCCAAUCCCAAUGGUGGCGUGAGCAGCAGAGGAGUUGCCAGAGGAGAGGCGAGGAUGGAGGCCAUUGGCAAAGCCUGCUGUUCUUCCUUGGUCCUCAUGUCCCCGCUCGACAAAGAUGCAAUUUUUACGAUGAAGAUGAAGAACAAGAACAAACAACGCGUGUGCGCUGUCAUAGGUCCCAAGAAUCCCUUCAAGCUGAGCAAAAUCUCGUGUGGAGUAUCAGAAGAUGGGGUGGAGCCUAAACAGAAGAAACCCACCACAGUGUCAGCCAUUCCCGGAAGCAGGACUGAGGAUUAUAACACAGCCAUGAAGAGGAUGAUGAGGAAUCCUUAUGAGUAUCACCACGAUCUUGGCAUGAAUUACACACUGAUAACUGAUAAUUUGAUCGUGGGCUCGCAGCCUCAGAAACCUGAAGAUAUUGAUCAUCUGAAACACGAAGAGAAUGUGGCUUACAUAUUAAACUUGCAGCAAGAUAGGGACAUUGAAUACUGGAGAAUCGACUUCCAGUCUAUCCUGAGAAGAUGUCAAGAGCUUGGAAUCCAGCAUAUGAGAAGGCCGGCAAGAGAUUUUGAUCCAGAUUCGUUGAGAACUGGAUUACCCAAAGCCGUGUCAUCUUUGGAGUGGGCAAUCUCAGAUGGAAAGGGGAGGGUUUAUGUGCACUGUACAGCUGGUCUUGGAAGGGCCCCUGCCAUUGCAGUUGCUUAUUUGUACUGGUUCUGUGGCAUGGAUCUGAACAAGGCUUAUGCCUUUCUUACUGCGAAACGUCCUUGUGGACCGAAUAAAAGAGCCAUACGAGGAGCUACCUAUGAUCUGACCAAGAAUGAUCUGGGGAAGGAGCCUUUCGAGAGUCUUCCAGAAUAUUCUUUUGAAGGUGUAGCUGAUUGGGAGAGAAGCUUGAUUCAGGAACGUGUAUGUUCACUCCGUGGGACUUGAAUGUCCAUGUGAUAUCUUUGCUGGGACAACUUCUUCCCUAUCAGAGUUUUGGGAGUAUGGAACGAUUAUGGAGGGGUAGUCGAGGGAGAGAAUAAUGGCUUAUUUGCUGUUACAGGCACAUAAACCUUUGUGUCCUCAAUGAUUAUACAAAAGUUGGUUGGAGAAGAACUUGAAACCCAUCAUCGUUUAAUAUGGAUGGUUUUAUACAUACACAGCGAGAACAUUGACAUUGACGCAUGCUGUCAAUAUGAUACCGGGUGCCAGUUCCUUUUUGUAGUAGAGCAAGUGAGGUCCAACCAACCGCAGUCAACAGUGAAUAGAAAUGGUGUAUUUGAGGUCUCA